AUGAUGGACUUUACUCGGUUUUUACAAUUUUCUGCAGUAUUUAUAAUUGCUACUCUUGCUCUAUUUUCGUCCUUCAUAACAUUUUUUACAGUCAUUCUUUUAUCAUGGUUUUGGUCUUUACCUGUGACUCUUACAAUAUGUCUUAUAUAUGGUUGUUGGAUGUAUUUUGACCGUCAUACAGAUUCUCAAGGAGGUCGAUGGUCUAAUCGGAUUCGUCGAUUACCUAUAUUUACACAUUUUGUAAACUAUUUUUCUCUUAAUUUAAUUAAAAGUGAAGAUCUUGAUACAAAUCGAAAUUAUAUAUUUGGUUUUCAUCCGCAUGGAUUUUGGUCUUUAAGUGCAUUCGGUAAUUUUGCUACAGAUGCAACAUAUUUUUCAACUCUUUUUCCGAAUAUUCGAUCACAUUUAAUGAUUCUUCGCCUUCAAUUUCUAUGUCCAUUUACACGUGAACUAUGCCUUAGUUUAGGUCUAUGUGAUGUAUCAAAAGAUAGUUGUGAAUAUUUGUUAAGUGGAAAAUCUGGUCAAGGUAAUGCACUAGUCAUCAUCAUUGGUGGUGUACGUGAAGCAAUAAUCACGAGAAAUGAUACUAUGAAAUUGUAUUUAAAGAAUCGAAAAGGUUUCGUUAGACUUGCAUUGAAAUAUGGUGCUUCAUUAGUACCGGUAGUUUCGUUUGAAGAAAAUGAGCUUUAUCGACGGCAUGCUCGUUGUAAUUUAAUACCCAAUGGUAUAAUUUGGGGUCGACUUCUUGCUGGACAUAUGCCAUUUCGACAUCCUGUAGUCACUGUUGUUGGUAAACCUAUUCAUGUUAAACAAAAUACUAAUCCAACUUCUGAAGAUGUUGACAAACUUCAUCAUGAAUACCUUCAAGCCGUUGAAGAACUUUUUGAAGUGAACAAACAUAAAUAUAGAUUAGAACAUAAAACAGUUCACAGGGCUGAUGAAAAUCAGUGUCCGAUUACAACGUCAAAUAAUACUACAUGUAGUACCAAUCCUGAAGUAUCGGAAGAGCAGCGAAUUGCUUAUGGCUCGGCUUCAGUAAUAUGUCAACCGUACAAUCUGCCCCAAUCUUAUGUGUGUAUUCAACCUACACCAAAUAGUCAAAUCGUCAAUCAAUAUCCACCAAAUAAUAUGGUGACUCAACAUCAACUAUAUCAGCAACCAGUACCAUCAACUAUUAACGUUCCAUCUGAGUAUGUACAACAAGCGAUGUUCCAUUCCAACAUGAAUUCACAACCAGCGUUAGUUUCAUCAUAUCAUCCUCCUGUUAAUACUAAUGGUUUGUUUACAUCAUCAAUGACUAAUCCUAUUGUUUCUUCAACACUAAUAUCUGCUACUACCAAGAGAAGUCGCUAUGACAUCAGUGGUGUUUCGGAUUUGAAUGCGCAAGAACGACCUCAAUAUUAUCAGACAACUCAUAUUUUCAAUGCUUGUAAUACACCAAACAAGCGGGAUUGUGGAAUCAAUCAGCAGCAAAAAGAAAGCUUGUAUCCCUAUCGUUACGAACACAAUCGUGAAGAACAAUUAAAUUACAAUAUCAUGAAAGGAGGAAACAUCGCAGAAUCAACAUAUGACCAACAACAACCCUCGAUGGCCGCUUGUCGAUAUGCUACAUCUCGCUUCCCGUUCGCACCGUUUUCGGUAAUCUUCUUGCAUCAAGUUAGAGAAAAAAAGUCGUCAUCGAUGAUCUAA